AUGGGCAGCCUCAAUCUUCCAACCGAGCAAUGGGCACAAGUCGUCGAAAAAGUCGGCGGACCUGCCACCUACAAGCGCAUCCCCGUCCAGCAGCCCGGCCCCGAUGAAGUCCUCGUCAACGUCAAAUACUCUGGCGUCUGCCACACCGACCUCCACGCCAUGAUGGGCGACUGGCCCCUCGACACAAAACCGCUGCCCUUGGUCGGCGGCCACGAAGGCGCCGGCGUCGUCGUUGCCCGUGGCAGCCUCGUCACCGACAUUGAGCUCGGCGACCUCGCCGGCAUCAAGUGGCUCAACGGCUCGUGCCUCAGCUGCUCCUACUGCCAGAACAGCGACGAGUCGCUUUGCAAAAAGGCCCUGCUGUCGGGCUACACCGUCGACGGCACGUUCCAAGAGUACGCCAUUGCCAAGGCCGCCCACGUUGCGCGCAUCCCCAAGGGCACCAACCUCGAGGCCGUUGCGCCCAUCUUGUGCGCCGGCAUCACCGUUUACAAGGGCAUCAAGGAGUCGCUCGUGCGACCCGGUCAGACAAUCGCCAUUGUCGGUGCUGGUGGCGGCCUCGGCAGCAUCGCCAUCCAGUACGCCAAGGCCAUGGGCAUCCACGCCAUUGCCAUUGACGCCGGCGACGAGAAGCGCGACCUGUGCCUCAAGCUCGGCGCCACCACCUUCAUCGACUUCACAAAGAGCAAGGACAUCGUCGCCGACGUCAAGGCCGCCACGCCCGAUGGCGAGGGCCCCUACGGCGCUUUGCUCGUCGCCGUGCAGGAGAAGCCCUUCCAGCAGGCCACGCAGUAUCUCCGCUCAAAGGGCGUCCUGGUCUGCAUCGGUCUUCCUGCGAAUGCCAAUCUCUCUGCUCCCGUGUUUGAUACAGUCGUUCGCAUGAUCAACAUCAAGGGCAGCUACGUCGGCAACCGAGCGGACACCACCGAGGCGUUGGAUUUCUUCGCACGAGGUUUAAUCAACGUUCCUUACAAAUCCAUUGGCCUGAGCCAGCUACAGAAUGUUUAUGACUUGAUGCACGAGGCCAAGAUUGCCGGCCGCUAUGUUGUGGACACCUCCAAAUAG